GGUAUGGAAUACGGAACUGUGACUGGAGAGGGGAGUGAUUGUGAUGUUUCUGAGAAGUGGGCUGCAGAGGGCUAUAUAAACCCAGCCCUGCUGCUUGGAGUCCGUGAGAGAGAGAAAGAGAGCAAAGCAAGCAGCCUUCAGACACAGACUGACGCAGCUACUGAAAACACACUCGACAUCUCCUGCCAGUGCUAUUAGAGGAUCUGACUGAACUAUGGACAUUUCCUUUCAACUGCAGACAUAAACUGUGCAAUUUGAUUGGAGCACAAAACCGAGAGAAAAAGCUUCUAGUAUCUACAAGGACUGAACAGAACUCUAAAAUCAAAAAAGAGAGUUGAUUUCAUUUAAAACAUCUUCAACUCUCCACUAAAAUCUGGCAUUCAGAAGCUCGUUCUGAGCAAACCCCUGCAGAGGAAGGCAAGAACAGGCUGAUCUAGUGUUUGGAAACUAUUUGAAAGCCAGUUGAAGCAGUGAAAUCAUUUCUUAAGCUGAUCAUGAUGGCAGAAAGACACAUGGAAGUCAACGGAUGCCAGACAGUGAUACCCCCACACCUCCUGGCAGCAGUGUUGGAGGGGUUCCCCCAGCCUCUACCCCUCCCCAAGGCUCCUGUGCGAGGCAAAGCCAGGCUGAGGCGCCCCCGACAGUCACGCUUCAAGACGCAGCCGGUGACAUUCGCAGAGAUCGCUGAGGUAGAGGAGGAAGGAGCCUCGCCGCUGGAGGAAGAGAAAGCAAGAAAGUCCUUCCUGCAGUCCUUGGAGAGUCUGCGGUGCAGCAGCCAGAACCUCCAGCGGGACCGGAUAGCGAACUCCACCAUGCAGGGAAGCGUGGACUCCAGCGACUCUGACUCCACACAGUGACCGCCCCGCAUCCCCGGGACCCCUGCUGCUUCAUAAUGAAGAUGGACUUUGUUUCCUGGCCAAAUAUCUAAAACAAACAGCUGGAUUUAUAUAUGUACAGUAGUACUUUUAUGAACAUAUAUACAUGUGUGCCAUUAAGCCACAUACCAUAUAUAUGCAUAAAGAUACAUAACAUAUCGAUGAAAGGAAGAUUUCUUUCUUUUUUGAUACAGAUGUCUUUAAAGAAGUUAAGUAAAUAAAUGUUACUCGUGCCUGUGGCUAAAUGUACAGAUGUAUUUAUACAUGUACUGGGUUUAUUUGUGUCUGGGUAUAUAUGCAAAUGUAUCUUCCAGUCAAAAGUUAGAGCAGGCAGUGGAUAAUUUGUAAGAAUAUACAUUUAACUGUCUGUAUUCUAAAGUGAAGUGAAUUAAGAACGGUCUGCUUAAACAGACUCUGGAAUGAUAUAUGUCUAUAUAACAAUAACAGAAGGCUACAGAAGAAGUUUGAUAUUUUUGAUAUACUGCAUUUUCUAGAAAGGAUGUUUUUAAGCUAGUAUCGAUAUGAAUGUGUUAAAGUGAAAAGAGGCUCACACUUUCCAAAUGCAGGAGUCCAGAGACUUGAUGAAAACAACAGCCCAGAGGUGGAGCCGAGCCACAAUGACAAUAUUCUUGUACUUAACAGACUGAAGUGCAAGUUUACUGUGUACGCUUGUAUUUAAUGGUCCUUUAUUUAAAUUAUAACUUUUGAUAUGGCAAUGAAGAAUGUUUCUAUUUAUAAAUCCUUUAUGUUGGUAAAAUGUUGAUGCAAAUAACCGAAAUGUUGAAUUUGCAAAGAUGGGGCUUUCUUAUACUCUAUAAUAAAUAUUUGCACAAUAAAA